CCUGCAUGGGAAGGCAGAAACAGAGGCAGAGGCUUGGGCCACACUGCAGCAGAUGACCGCGAUGUCCCCAUGGACUGGAGAACGCUGCCUGGCAGACAUCGAGGACAGCUGGAACCAGUGGGAGUCCAAGGGCAAGCAGGUGAGCAAAGUCUUGGGAGCAGCAUAUAAGCCCAAGAAACGGUUGUGGAGUCCCAGACGCCUGUCUGCCGAUGUGCAGUAUGGCUGGAUGAAGUAUCAGAUCUCCCCUCAGAUCUACCAGAGCCUGCACUUCAAUGAGCUGACCCCCAUCCAGCAGCCUGACUUCCUGGUGCAGAGGGCCAUGGACCAGCAGGGCCGGCACAUCCACCUGGUGACCCACGACAGGCAGAAAGACCUGGAGCCUGGCUGGGAGCAGGCUGGCACGCCUGCGACCACCUCUCCGCCCUCCUCCUCGCUGUCCCCAGUAGCCUCCGCUGCCAAGUUGCUGGGCUCUGACUUGCUCACCUUCCUGAGGCCCUAGUCCUCUGCCUCCCUGCUGCAGCCCUGGUUGGCCUCCACCGCCCAGUCUACCCCCUCCGUCCCAUCCCAGCUGUCUGAGUUCAUGCAGCAGAGGUCGGCGACCCCAUGCCCAUUGCCUCCUUUCUCGAACGGCACCCAAAGCCUCUGACGGCCAACCUUAUGUCAUCCGUGAAGAGGGACUUCCACAUCAGGUUCUGAGGUGCCCCACCCUUCUCUGUAGUCCAUUAGCAGGGCCACCAGGCCCACGGGGGUUGCGCUUGUCCCUGGUUUAUACCCCGCCAGGCCCAGAGGGUGUGGGCCUUUCGCUGUACCUCCACUCGGUCUGCCCCUCUGGUGAAGUCAACCUGUCUCAUCUCUGGCUCUGCACCAGAGUCCUGGAGAAGAAAAUAAAUGUUCUCAGAUGUGCGAGUUCCAC